AUGACCAAAACCGGCAUCAUCCUCGGCGCCGAUAUAGCCGGCUUCCUCAUAGCGCAGUACCUCUUCCGCCGCACUGCCGCCGCGGUGCUUGGACACGAAUGUCGUGACCGUGCAACUACACAGAGACGGAGGGGAGACGAUGAGGGCGAUGCCCUACCACAGGCUCGUCAAGACGACCGGAUCGCGGUACAGCGUCGGCACGUCGUUGAAGGUGCCCUCCGUUUUCUUCCUCUCAUCCUCCCUCUCCUCGUUCUCCUCCCGUCCACCACCGCGGAAAAGGCCAUGAGCACCCCUCUCCAAGGAGGCAAAAUCGAGCCUCACGCCUUCGACGACGCCAAGGUCCAGCUGGCCUUGUCGAUCGGGCGCGAUUGUGGCACGGGCCAGGUGGGAGAUAUGAAGCCGUUCAGCUUUCUGAUCUGGUGGUUCAAGAGCCGGCACCUAGGGACCGACCCCGGGGCGGCGUACGCUGCGGGGGUCGACAGCAAGAACAGGCCGUGGCCGGCAUGA